UUGUCUUCUAUUCUGUUGUUGUUGUUAAGCAGUUUUUUCGUGUUUAUCUUUUUUUCACAAUUAAUCAGUUAAUUAUCUCUAUUGACACCAACUGUUGUUUCUAUUUAAGUUAAUCAACUGUUUCUAAAUCAUUUAAUUGUAUAAAAGUUAAUUAUGAUUGAUUGAUUAUCGAGGAAGAACAUGGAAACAGAUGAGAAAUUAUUUUCUUUAUGGUGACCACUUACCUUUUGGAGAUUUAUAUGGAUUUUAUUUGUUCCAGCAAUUAGUUGAUUGUUGUAGAUUUAAUCACAAUCAAUGGUGUUUUCCUUGUAACAUAUUUCCUUUUAGGAAAUUAAAUUUAAUUCAGACAACAAUUUAAAUAACAAUUUAAACUUCACUAAUUACAUCAACUAAUUCCUCGAUUGUUUACCAGAUUAAGAGAACAUAAUUUAUGGAUUAUUUAUGUUCAGUUUAAUGUUCGUGUUGAUUGAUUAGUACUUUUUUUGUAUUUACUUUAUAUCUUCAAAUGGUUAUGCUACUUAAUUUGUUUACUUUUCUACCUUUGGUCAUUUAUUUACUUACCAUUUUCAUUGUGUCCACUUCCCAUGAAACAAUUUCAUCUGCUGUUAAUUUAGAGACUAUUAACCAGAAUUAUGAUGAUAAUGGUGAUGAUGAUUAUGAUCAUUACCACGAAAAAGCAAAAUAUUACCAACCCGAUGAGUGGAUCGAUUACAUGAGAUUAAUUAAAGAAGUUGAAACAAUUAAUGGAUAUCAAUGUGAUCCUAAAUCGUCACUUGAUUGUUUUUCACCUCAAAUUGAAUCAGAUUUAUCUUAUUGGAUGGAAAAAGGAAUUACCUUUGAUGAUAUCGAAUCAGCAAAACCUCAUGGUGUCCAUUACCAAAUAAUUGACCAUCAACUUUACCGACAACCUGAUUGUAUGUUUCCAACUCGAUGUGAAGGAAUUGAACAUUUUCUACUUCAAAUAAUUAACAAAUUACCCGAUAUUGAGAUGAUUAUUAACGUUCGUGAUUGGCCAGUCACAAGUAAAAGAGACACUCGAUUACCGAUAUUUUCCUUUUCCCGUGACGACAGUUACAAUAACGAUAUCCUUUAUCCAGCCUGGAGUUUUUGGUCUGGCGGACCAGCCAUUGAACAAUAUCCAACUGGAAUCGGCCGAUUUGACCUAUUGACCCGGUCAAUUGUUUCUUCAUCACCUAAUUGGGAAUCAAAGGAAGAUAAGUGUUUCUUUCGAGGAUCACGAACCUCGUCCGACCGAGAUUGGUUAAUACUAUUAUCUCAAUCACACCCUGAUCUCAUAGAUGCUCAAUACACCAAAAAUCAGGCCUGGAGAUCACCUCAAGAUACCCUUGGUUUCCAACCCUCACCUACAGUUACAUUUGAAGAUCAUUGUAAUUAUAAGUAUUUAAUUAAUCUUCGAGGUGUGGCCGCUUCAUUCCGUUAUAAACACUUAUUCCUUUGUCAAUCAUUGGUGUUUAAUGUCCAAUCCAAUUGGAUUGAAUUUUUUUACCAUUCGCUGGUUCCCUGGUACCAUUAUGUUCCCGUUAAUCAAUCAAAUUUCUUGUCGAUUUUAACCUUUUUCAUUGAACAUCAAUCAGAAGCUUCAACCAUUGCCUCUAAUGGAUUUAAAUUUAUCAACAAACAUUUAAAUCUGAUUACAAUUGAAUCGUAUUGGCAUAAAUUGUUAACCGAUUACUCUACAGCUUUAAAGUACAAACCCAAGUUGAUUCAAUCAAACAGAAAAAUAAUCAAUAGUAAGAGAAAAUCUUAAUUGUGCCUUUUGUUUACAAAUGUUUAUAAUUAAACACUUUUUAUAAUUUUGUUUAAAA